AUGAGCUCGCAGCGUGGCAACGUAAAGAAGCGCGCGCCCAAGCAUCAGAAUGCUUUUGCAUUCAAGCACAACCCAAAGUCUAAAAAGACAGAGCGUAUUUUGUCAAUGCCCAUUCUGGGAUUGUGCGAAAAAUGUCGGAAGCAGAUUGAGUGGCGCAAGAAAUACCGCAAGUACAAACCGCUAUCGCAACCAGGCUCGUGUAUUUACUGCCAUCAAAAGACAGUGACAUCCGCGUAUCAUGCUUCUUGCGAAGUUUGUGCCAAGGAGCGAGAUGUAUGUGCUAAAUGCUGCUCGGCAAAGGAGGUCGUGGCGAGUGAGCAAGAGCUGUUGGCAGCGCAGGAAUCAAAGCGAUGCGAGCUUGAAAACACACUAGAAGGCAUGCGCGAACGCGAUCGUCGAGCAUACGUGCGUAAAAUGGAUAAGGAAAUCGAGUCAAUUAGUGAUGAAGAAGGCCGUACAGGAGCCGAAGCCAACGAUUAUGAAUCGUACCAGGAGGAGAACGAGGACAUGCAUCUCAGUCGACACAGGAAGCCUGGGAAACAUGCCAACCCUAUCGCUCGAUGUCUUUUCUGGAUCGUUCGCAAAGCCUGCCCUAAGAAAUGGAUAUGGCCGAAUGAUGCACGGGUCAUGAUGAUGUGGCAAACAUCGCUCUUGUGUCGUGUCGGUUUGUUAUGGAUUACUAUUUUAGUCUCGAGGCUGUCACUAUUGUUGUACGAUUGGCCUGCGUGGAUCUUUGGAGUCUGUUUCAUCAUCUGGCUUGAUGCUGGAGGCAAUGUUCUACGAGAAGUUAUUGCACGUAACGGAGUAGUGGGUUAUAUGGAGCACGAAAAGGCUGGCCGCAUGACGUUACUAUACGAAGGCAGUACGUUGGCCAAGAUGCUACUUCUUGUGCUGAUAAUCUACACAUACUACGUAUCGCCACGGAUCGAGGAUUCAAACGAGCUACGGCUAUUAUUCUCUGUUGGUUUUUUUGUAUCUAUUGCAUUGGGUGCUCUACCUUUGCUGCGCAAUGUCAUGGGUGCACACUACAUGUUCUUGGCCAACAUGUUGCAUCUAGAUUCAAGAGUCUAUUUGCACGGUUCAAAAAAGGGGACAGUUUGCGAUGCCCCUCUGGGGUUUAUUGUUCUGGCAACUGCGGACAGCACUAAGACAUUUAUCCCCGCGGGUGGCACAGUGAGCAAUACUACUGAAAUAUUUCAUCGGUUUCUAUGGCCGCUUCGUUUGGAUGUUCAUCUGUCAGCCGAGACUCCGGUGAAGCGCGUACGCGAGUUCGUACAAGAUAUGGAUAAGCUACUUUUCUGGGAACCUGUGGUUGUGCUUGCAUCGGACGGUAGUGCUUCAUUGGACGCGGAAGGAGUGUCGACGUUCUUGGAUGUGUCGAGUGAAUCCACCAGUGCUCACGGCUUUAUAAAUUCAUCUGAAACGACAACGAAACUGCUGUUUGACGAAAAUCAACAGGAACAGGAAAGAAUUAUCCAGCGCGCACGAGGCAAUGAGGGCUAUGUUGCGUUGGAGCCUAAUCGCCGGUGGGUCGUCCAACUUCGGACUUUUGUGCAAGCUCAACAGAAGAUCCACUAUCGUCAAACGCGAGCUGCUUACAUUGAGGCCAUCAUGAAAUUGAUGGAAAAACAAGGAAAUCAUUUUGGGACACGAGCUGUCGUCGUUGAGCGUCACUCCAACCUGCAUUGUAAGCAGAACUUGAAGCAGUUCUUCCGGGCUAAGCUUCAAGCACAAAUGGUUGAGAUUGCUGGUCAAAAUGACCGCUCACAGAGACAAUCGCCACUUGCCGUCUUUAGAAGUCACUAUUCUAAUGAAAUAACGUCAAACAUCUAG